CUUCGCUGUUCCUGUUGUGUUUCAAUGAGCAGUGCAGACAUGAGGGCAUCUGGACCAUGUCGCGACAAAUCACGAAGGUCGUGAUCACGCUCAUUUCAACCGUUUCGUUGCUCUUCCUUGUCACCACUCUUUACCUCUUCAACUCCAAGCCGUUGAGCGCUUUCGGUUUCCCUUUCUCAAGGGGCAAACCCUCCCAUCCAAAGUCAAAUAUCCGCAUCUACGAGCCGAGUACGGCACAUGUCCUUGGACAGAGCGUGGCAUAUGCUACCUUCCUCUCGACACGCGUUUCCAAUGACAGCGAACCAGACGCAUAUUUUACUGCCACCCGCGUCCUCGCGUACCAACUCCUCCACCAGCCGCAGACCAAAUCGACCCGCAACAUCCCUCUUCUCGUCCUCGUUCCUCCACACGUAUCGGACCAUAAGCGGUCAGUUCUAGCAUCUGAAGGCGCCACGAUCGUCCCGAUCUCAAAUCUGAAGCCGGAGAAGGACUGGGUUGGCCCAACCGAACCGAGAUGGGUCGACCAGUUUUCCAAGCUGCAACUUUGGGAGCUGGACAAGUAUGAUCGCAUUCUUUACCUCGACAACGAUAUGCUCUUGACCCAGUCCCUCGAUCCAAUCUUCACGCUCCCUGUUGCUAGUACAGUUUUGAAUACACUCAAGAAAGCGGAGGUCAAGGCAGAUGAAGCACUGUUACCUUCCAAAUACCUUAUGGUUGGGGUGUCUGAUACCGGCGGUGCAGAACAUCCCUUCCCACCAGAGGACCGCCCAGGCUCUUCGAUCAAUGGCGGAUUUUUCCUUCUGCGACCCGACAGGAAGUUGUUCAACUACUACCUAUCUGUGAUGGAAAUUGAGGGCAGAUUCGAUAGCGGAUUCAUGGAGCAAGGUCUCCUGAACUACGCCCAUCGACAUGAUGGCAACAUGCCAGCGAAGAAGUUCCCACCAGGGGAAUGGAAUGUGAAUUGGCCCAGUCUCCGGGACUUGGAAGGGGGCGCAGCAUCUUUGCACGACAAGUUCUGGGAGGAAGGAAAUAAAAAAUGGAUUGACAGGACGUUAGUGGAGAUGUGGUGGCGUGUCCAAGGCCAGAUGGAAGGUUUUUGGCAGAAAGAAAGGGCUCCUCGAAGAGGCCGAGCUGAAUAGAUACAAAGUUGUAUCUCCCUUUUUUAGCGUGUAUAGAUGUUCUGGCGUUGGGGUCCUUCAACCAUGUCUCUACGAUGUCGAGCAUAAUGGGAUUUGUUAUGGGGGGUCGUUGGGUCGGGUGUGGUCGUACAUGUUAACUUUACGGCGAUCUGGACGUAGGGGCGAAUAUUUGACGCCCUAUCCCCCUGCUGGCUAUCCGUAAUUCCGCAUACCAUAGAGUAAAUGCUCGACUAGGAGUUAUCUGCUGGGAGGCAGACGCCUCCGAUUAAACUUGGCCUCCGUACCAAACAUACACACCGAUAUAACAAUGAAGUCGAGAAGAUAAGACUUAUUCCCAUAUCAAGCAAGAUCAUUGGUCAUUGUAGGCACUACGAACUCGGUUCCGCAGGAAUUCCCUAGUCCAACAAAGGAGAAAGGCCAGGAAAUGUU